AAGUAACCGAUUCUUAUGAUUUUUGUUGCAAAAAUUAUCAGAUAUUUUUCAAUAUAAUCAAACUAUAUGCAUAAAGUUGCCACCAAAUGGCACAUCUUUUGAAAGAUAAUGUAUAAAACAACAAGUUGUGGUGGAUUUUGAAAUAAAAGAUUUAAUUUGUUCAGUUAGUGGAGUUAAAAAGCGGUGAAGCAAAAAAAUGGCUGCUGGAGAGAAGAUUACAUUGACUGAUGCAUUACAGAAUGUGGAUGUGUUAGAUGAAUUAACAUUACCAGAUCGACAACCAUGUAUAGAAGCACUGAAUAAAUCAAUACACUACCAGGCUAACUUUGAUACAAAUUUUGAGGAUAGAAAUGCAUGUGUUACUGGUGUGGCAAAGUAUAUUGAACAAGCUACUAUCCAUGCUGAUAUGAACAAGUUACUGGAGGAAGGUAAAGAAUAUGCUGUUAUGUUAUUUACAUGGAGAUGUUGUUCAAGAGCUUUACCACAGGUAAAGAGUAACGAUCAGCCAAAUAGAACUCAGAUUUAUCAGAAGAUUGUCGAAGUUUUAGAACCACAAGUCAGUAAAUUAGUCAGAUUCAUGCACUUCCAGAAUCGUGCCAUAAAGAGAUUUACAGAAGAAGUCAAGCGUUUAUGCCAUAAAGAAAAGAAAAAUGAUUUUGUGUCGGAAGCAUACUUAUUGACUUUAGGAAAGUUUAUGAAUAUGUUUGCUGAGUUGGAUGAAUUGAAGAAUAUGAAAUCUAGUGUUAGAAAUGAUUACGCUGCUUAUCGAAGAGCUGCUCAAUUCCUGAAAGUAAUGUCUGAUCCAGUAGCAUUACAAGAGUCCCAGACAUUGUCUAUAAAUAUGGCCACCCAGAACAAAAUAAGAGAUACACUGAAAGAAGAAUUGGUGAAACUUCCCGGUUAUGAAGAAUUAUUAGCUGAUAUUGUCAAUAUAUGUUUAAGUAUGUACGAAACUCGAAUGUAUCUUGAACCAGAGGAGAAAUACAUGUUAGUUAAGGUCAUGGCGUUUGGUUUAAACUUGAUGGAUUCCACCAUGUGUAAUAUUUACAGAAUGGAUGCCAAGAAGAGAAUUAAUAUCACUAAAAUUGAUAAAAUAUUAAAGACAUUAGAGAUCGUUCCCUUAUAUGGUGAUAUGCAGAUAGCUCCAUAUCACUAUAUCAAAUAUUCACCGAACUAUGAUCCAUCUAAAUGGCCAUUAUGUGAAUCCAGUCAGCCAAGUCCCCAGUCAAAUCUAUUGGCUAAUUUAGAAGCAAUACGUGAAGAUCACAUGGAAUACAUCAGUCAACUCUCUCGACACAGCAAUGAGGCUAUAACAUCUAUGAGAGAUCAACCGAGAACAGAUAAAGAAAAUAAAGAAUUGAGUGAUUUAGCUCUACGUGGUUUACAACUUCUAUCAGCUUGGACACAACAAGUUAUGGAACUAUAUUCCUGGAAAUUGUUGAAUCCUACUGAUCCACAUCAGAAUCCAGAUUGUCCACAAGAAGCUGAGGAGUAUGAAAGGGCUACUCGAUAUAAUUAUAGUAGUAGUGAGAAGUUUGCUCUGAUAGAAGUUAUUGCUAUGAUUAAAGGGCUACAACUCCUAAUGGCACGGAUGGAAUCAGUAUUCAUGGAUGCCAUUAGAAAACACAUUUAUCAAGAGUUACAGGACUUUGUACAGUUAUAUUUACGUGAUCCCUUACGUAAAGCUAUUAAAAAGAAAAGUGAUGUUAUUAAAGGUAUUAUCAUGGCUGUAAGAGACACAUGUGUUGAUUGGUUGAGAGGCGUUGAACCUCAUGAUGACCCAGCUUUACGUGGUAAAAAAGAUCCUGAUGACGGAUUCCUGAUUAAAGUUCCAAGACGUAAUGUUGGUCCAUCAAGCACCCAGCUGUAUAUGGUUCGUACAAUGUUAGAAUCAUUGACAGCCGAAAAAAGUGGUGGAAAGAAAACAUUACGUAAAGAUAUGGACAUACAUCAUAUCUCCAGCAUUGAGGCUUUUCACAAAACAUCCUUCUUCUGGAAUUAUCUUAUUAAUUUUAACGAAACUUUAUUUAACUGCUGUGAUCUGUCGCAGCUGUGGUAUCGGGAAUUUUAUCUAGAAUUAACCAUGGGCAAAAGAAUUCAGUUCCCAAUUGAGAUGUCAAUGCCAUGGGUUUUAACAGAUCAUAUUCUAGAAACUAAGGAACCUUCCAUGAUGGAGUAUAUUUUGUACCCGUUAGAUCUGUAUAACGAUAGUGCUCAUUACGCUUUAACUAAAUUCUGUCAACAAUUUCUAUAUGAUGAAGUCGAAGCUGAGGUGAAUCUAUGUUUUGAUCAGUUUGUUUAUAAACUGAGUGAUCAGAUCUUUGCCUACUAUAAACAUCUGUCGGGCAGCAUUAUGUUAGAUAAACGAUUCCGUGCUGAAUGUGCUAGUCAAGGUGCUAAAAUAAAUUAUCCUGUAGCUAACAGAUAUCAAACACUGCUUAAACAAAGACAUGUUUCCAUAUUGGGUCGAUAUAUAGAUUUAAAUCGUUUAAUUGGACAACGAAUAAACGCAGCUCUACAGAAAGCUCUUGAUGUUUCUAUAUCACGGUUUGAGGCUGGUGACAUCACAGGAAUAGUGGAGUUGGAAGGUUUGGUAGAAUGUAAUAGAUUAACACAUAAACUACUCAGUAAAUAUUUAUCACUAAAUGAUUUCGACGCCAUGAUGCGUGAAGCUAACCAUAAUGUAUCAGCACCAUAUGGAAGGAUAACUCUACAUGUGUUCUGGGAGUUAAAUUACGAUUUCUUGCCAAAUUAUUGUUAUAAUGCAGCCACCAAUAGGUUUGUAAAGACGAAGUUACCAUUUGUAACUGAUGCUAAAAGAGAUAAAGCUCCUAAUCCUUCACCACAUUAUAUCUGGGGUACAAAGAAUUUAACAACAGCAUACAGUACUAUUUAUAGCUUAUACACACAGUUUGUUGGUCCGCCUCAUUUUCAUUCUAUUGUACGUCUGCUGGGUUACCAGGGUAUCGCCGUGGUAAUAGAAGAACUCCUUAAAACUAUUGAAGGAUUUUUAAAGGGUACAACUCAGGAAUAUGUAAAGAUGUUGAUGAAAGUUAUGCCACCUACAUGUAAAUUACUUAGAUUUGAUUACGGAUCACCAGGUGUGAUGGCAUAUUAUAAUGCCCAGCUAGUAGAUCUGAUACAGUAUCCUGAUCUGAGAACUGAAGUCUUCCAGAGUUUCAGAGAAAUAGGAAACGCCAUUCUAUUUACAGUUUUAUUAGAACAAGCUAUGACUCAAGCUGAAGUUUGUGAUUUAAAGCAUGCUGCACCUUUUCAAAAUAUUAUCCCUAAACCUCACAUUCCUAUAAAAGAGGGAGAUAAUCGUAAAGAUAAAGAAUCUGAAUUAAAGUCAUUUAUGAAACAGUUAGAGAAGAAAUAUGCUGCUUUACAAGUUGUUUCCGUUAUAAAGAAACUGGGCAACCAAACACAAGCUGAUAUUGCAGCAGAAGGUGAUUUAUUAACAAGAGAAAGACUAUGUUGUGGUCUGUCUAUGUUUGAGAUAGUAUUGACUAGGAUGAAAUCAUUUCUACAAGAUUCUCUAUGGCAUGGUGAACCACCUGCUAAUGGUGUCAUAAACAUUGACAAGUCAACAGAAUUUCAUAGACUGUGGAGUGCUGUACAGUUUGUAUUCUGUAUGCCUAUUGGUGAAAACGAGUUCACUAUUGAAGAAUUAUUUGGUGAAGGUUUAAACUGGGCUGGUUGUUCUAUUAUUAUGUUACUAGGACAACAGAGAAGAUUUGAAGCUCUAGAUUUCUGUUAUCAUAUAUUAAAAGUCAAUAGAGUUGAUAUGAAAGAUGAAAAUGUUAAAGGAAUUCAACUAAAGAAAAUGGUGGACAGAAUACGUAAAUUUCAGAUUUUGAACAAUCAGAUAUUUUCUGUUUUGAAUAAGUAUAUGAAGACAACAGAUGCCGAGAGUAUGCCUGUAGAACAUGUCCGCUGUUUUCCUCCACCCAUACAUCAGUCAUUAGCUACAACUAUAUAGACACUAUCACUCAUCAUUACACCAAACACCAGAUGAAAAUGAUACUGCUAUUCAACUCAAAUAACAUUCUUUUUACACUCUUAUCUUUAAUUAUUUACUUUAAUUAUUUACCUUAAUGUAUAUUCUGAUAUAUUUUACCUAUACAGCCACUCAAGGGAAUUGUCAUGCUUGACCUCUUAAUAAAAUCUCAGUGUUUGAUAGUGCCGAUAUCAAGUAAAACAUCGAUAUUCGAUUGAUCCAUCAGUAGAUUUGGCAGGUUAUGGACAAGUAGUCCUUGUAUUAUCACUAAUUGUAAACCAUCAGGAUUAACUAUCCAUUGUAUCAAUUGUAUUUUUUAUUUCCCAUAUUUAAGAAAAAAUUUCCUACAAAUUAUUUUAUAUUCAUUAAAACCAUCUUAUGUUGUCAGUAUAAAGAAAUAUUUAUUGUUAUUUUUUGUACUAUAUUGCAUGUAGAUAUUUAUUAAUUAGAAGAAAAUCAAUCAGUCUAUGUUGAUGUAAUGGAAAUUUAACCUCUUCCAAUGCUAUUUUUGGUCUAAUCCUCUGAUGUAAUGGAAUUUUAUCAUCUUCCAAUGUUAUUUUUGAUCUAAUAUUAACACUGUACAAAUCUUGAAUGUAAAUAUGAUGAUUCAGAUUUGGACUUAACAUUCUGUAAUUUAGCUCAUGUAUGUACAGGUUCAUGUUAUUAAUGUCAGCUCAAUUUCAUUCACUAGAAAAAUCUUGAUGUGAAGUCACUGUUUGUUAUUUGCAUUUUUCUGACAAUAAUUAAUCUUUCAGUUUAAUCCAUUAUUUAACAUUAUAUUAAGAAAAUAAGACCAAAAUAUCAGGAGUAGAUAAUCUUUGGGCUUGGAUUUUAAUCGGAUUUUUAAAAAAAGGCCCAUGAAAAGAUUUUACUCAACACUUAUAGGUGGUGCUGGAUUGUUUAUAUUGUCUGCAGACAAUAACGAAGGUUGGGGAAAUUUCAAUUCAUCAUGCCUUUGGAAAUACUGAACGAAACUGAACAAUUUGGGGACUGAUUUGGACUGACAAUCCUUUUAGAAAUUCUACUUUCAAGUUUGCUGAGAAUUCAAAAUUCCUAAAAACUCUAGAGAAAUGGCCAAGUGGUUUUUCAUCUGGAUGGUGCAAGCUGACAGUAGGCCUACAUGUGUAUGUCAUUGAUAAAUAUACCAAAUAUUAUAUACAUCCAUUCCAUAACCCAAAGUUUGUAUGGAAACACCAUCACAUCACCUUUUAUGUACACCUAAAUUAAUUUGAGCUCAAUUAGUGCAAUUCUCAUUAUUACAUGUACUAACAUGUAUUUGAUUUUCACUGUUUUCAAGUUUUCUCAUUAUUCACAUUUAGUAAGUAUUAUAUAUAGGACCAAUAUCAUUUUCUCUAUAUGUAGGUUUGAAUAGUUUUUGUAUAGCAAUGUAUGUUUUGAAUUUAUUUAGUGGUAAUAGUUUACCAUGGCAGAAUAUACCAGAUAAAAAAUCUUAGAGAUAUUGAAAUCACAGUCUGUAUCACUAUAGACGUGUUCAAUAUAUACUAGGAUUCUGUGUUUUUAUUGUGUAUUAUUAAUAAUGUUUAUAGCCUUCUAUUUUCGUCUUGUCUUGUCAUUAUUUCGGCUCCUAAUAUUAUGUUGUGAGCUUGGCCCUGACUGAAAAUAUAACCCUUAUGUGUGGUUUAUGUUUGAGAGUGAGACAUAUACUGCAUGAGGCUGUUAGCCAAUAUUACGCAAUGUGCCCCUCAAAACCUUUAAACAAAAGAAAUUUCAGAAAUACUAUCACAUAAUUUUUCAAAUGAGGUCCCAUCUGUAUUUUAACUGGUUGGAGUGCCCAAGUGUAGAUUUGCUGUUGAUUCCAUAAAGUAGUUAGGUUUUUUAAAUGUUAAAUACUGUGCAAUUCAACAUGGCACCUGGAAGUGGACGUAAAACUCCAGAAACGAACGAACAAACGAACCUAAGUCCAAUCAGUCUGAAGAGUUCAGUACAAAUGAAACUAGUCACUGACACCCGGGAUAACCAGGUCUUCAUAGCCACUCUUAUAUUAGGGUUAAUGCUAGAAUUUUAUGUAUAAUAGACCAAUGGAAAACCAAGUUCGGUUUAAGUUAACAGAGAUUUCGUCACAGCAGGAUAAACCACUUAUAAAUUAGCCGAAUAUUGGAAAAUAAGUUAAAUGAUUGAUUUUGAAGAUUGUUUGUAUAUAUAAUAUUAUACAUGUUUUUAUAUUAAUGUUUUUGUUAUGAUGUUUCUAUGCUAUUACUUUGUAUGCUGUAGAACAUUGAAUUACAGCAACAUUAUAGUUCAAAAAUGGAUAAUUGCCAUUAAUUGCUGAUCGUUGAAGCUCGGCAUUAUAGGCAAAUUUAGUUCUCACAUAAUGCCUCUUUUAUUCAGAACUUCUGUAGUUGCAACUAAAAUGUAUCAUAAAAUUAAUACUAGUUAAUAACAUCCAAUUACCAUCAUAUUUAUCAAGUACCUCACAAUUUCACACAAAAUCAAUUUGAUUGAGAUUCAUUUUAAAUUUUCUAAUUAAUUUUUUUGUAGUUUUAUAAUCUGACCUUAAAGCCGCCUAUUGUCAUUUGCAUUUUAAGACAAUAUCUAAUUUUUUUAUGGCUUAAUUCACAGCAAAAUGCACUCAAAUAAUUUAACAUUUAAUUAAGAAAAGAAAAUCAACAGUAGGCUAUCUUCCAGCAUAGAUUCAAUUGGAUUUUAAAAGUAAAAAAAAAGAGACCCAUCAAAAGAUGUUAUAAAAUUUUCAAUUCAUCAUAUCUUGAUAAAUACGGAGUGGUAUUGAGCCAUCUUUGGUCUAAUAUUCCUUUUAGAGUUUCAAGCCUCACAAUAAGUUUACAAGGGAUUCAAAAUCCCACAAAUGACUUUCUGCGGCUUUAAUGAGAGGACUUCGUAGAUAUCAUUGUAAUUCUUGACUUUUUAUAUAUAUAUAUAUAUUUACUGUAAAAUAUUGUUUAUGCUUUUAUCCCAUUUAAUAAUGUAAAACUAUUUUCUAAUUAAAUAAUUGUGCUAGCUUUGUCUAAAAAAAAACUGCUUCUUUUUAUAUAUUAUAGAAAUGGGUCCAAACCAUGGAGGUUAUUAAAUGUACACCAUGUUCCAAACAUCAAAUCUUAUUGUAUAUAUAGUUUUUGUAUUAUUACCUCUAUAUUGGGUUUAGAUCUGAUGCACUACUUAUUGUAUCAUUAAUGUAGCUGAAAUUAAAUAAUUUGGAGAAGUCACAUUUAAUUACUUUUAUCAUAACAGAUCAAUUUAAUUUGUAGAUUGAUGUCAAAGACAUAAAAUUAUCAAAUUCAGAUUGCUUUUUGCCAUACAGUAAAUGGAAUAUUUUCAAAACUUUACUGUGUCUAUGCUAUUAACAUUUUUCCAGAUUUGGCCAUGUAUACAUUUAAGACUAAUUAAAAAUCUAAGGCUUGACUACUGUGCUGUAUUAAUCAGGGUAUCAAAUGAGAGAUAAAAGCUCUCAUCAACUUUCAUCUGUUAAUUGGGAUUGGGCAAGACGGUGAUGAAAUUUAAAUUUUUGCUUACAUGGACGAUUUAAAUUUGUAUUUUCGAGUAAUAUAUUUUAACUAGAUUGUGUCCUUUUACCUUGCCCUUAAUAUUUAUAUCAAGGCAGCCAGAUGAUUUUGGAUACAAUAAAUGUAAUCAGGCUUUUCAGUUACUAUAACUCCAUGUAUGUUACAUUAAACAUUUGCUUAUUAUAAUUAACUGAGGUAGGAUCAAGAACCAUCUAUAUUUAUUUAUCUGUAUUUAAUGCUUUCAUAUAAAGUUAAUAAAUCAUGUCUUCUUAUUUC